CCACAUGCUGUAACAGACAGACAGGAGUAGAUAAGGCUGAGGAACACAGGAAGCUUUGUCUCUGUUCUUCUCCGCUCCUUCCUCAGACUCCUUUGCUCUUGUUCUGUACAGUAACCUGUGAUUGUCCAGCAUGUGUACUGGACGCUGUUCUCGCUUCGUCGCCGGGGCGCUCUACCCGCUUGCCCUCAUCUCCAUCAUCUGUAACAUCAUCCUGUUUUUCCCAGACUGGACAGUUACAUACGCCAGAGAUGGAGAGAUCACUGAGGAGGUGAAAUACAUGGGAGGACUGAUCGGAGGAGGACUCAUGGUUAUAGCUCCAGCUCUGUUUAUUCAUGUCACUGGUAAGCAGGGGUGCUGUGCUAACCGCUGUGGGAUGUUCCUCUCCAUCCUGUUUGCAGCAGCAGGAGUGUGUGGUGCUCUCUACAGUUUCACAGUGGCCACGUUAGGGCUGGUUAACGGGCCGUACUGCAGGACGCUACUGUCAUGGCAGACUCCGUUUAAGAACAAGUCAGAGAGUUACCUGCAGGACCGUGAGAUGUGGAGUGUGUGUCUGGAGCCAAAGGGUGUGGUGGAGUUUAACGUGGCUCUGUUCUCCACCCUGCUGGUCUGCAGCGCUCUACAGCUCAUACUGUGUGCAUCACAGAUGAUCAACGGCCUCAUAGGCUGUCUCUGUGGAGCCUGUGUGGAGAAAGGGCCUCUGUAAGUGUCCACUUCUCCCAGCGAGCCCUGACCGGUCCGAGUGAGUGAUUGGACUCGGCGUUUCUGCACAAACACCAUUAAUAAUCUGAUCUAAUUAAUAUCACGUGUAAUAAAGACAUGUAUAAACAUCAGACUCUGCAGCAGUAAGUGUCUGAUCUAACACGUUCUUACAGAUUCAUCUUCGGUUUGUUCUGCUGAUGUUUUUAAUCAUCAUUAAAUCUUCUGAUCUUUUUCCUGAGGAUUAAAAAUAAACUGCUUUAUAAUCCGA